CCCUAAAUUUCCAAUCUACUCUCUCCGCCAACGUUGGAGUCUUCAAAGCCCUAACCGUAACCGUAGUCCUGGUGUCUUUGGCGGAAAUGGCGGGAGGGAAGAUGAAGAAGGAGAAGCCAUCUCAUGGUGCUUCAGCUUCAAAGCACUACCAAGGCGGCGUGACGUUCCAUAAAUCCAAAGGACAGCACAUACUGAAGAACCCAUUGUUGGUGGACUCCAUAGUCGAGAAAUCUGGAAUCAAGAGCACCGAUGUUAUCCUCGAGAUCGGUCCUGGUACUGGUAAUCUGACCAAGAAGCUUCUAGAAGCCGGAAAGUCCGUUAUUGCCGUCGAGGUCGAUCCUCGUAUGGUUCUCGAACUCCAGCGUCGUUUUCAAGGCACCCCAUUAUCCAAUCGGUUAAAGGUUAUACAAGGAGAUGUGCUCAGGUGUGAUCUUCCAUAUUUUGAUAUUUGUGUGGCAAAUAUCCCUUAUCAGAUAUCUUCUCCUCUCACAUUCAAGUUGUUGGCACACAGACCCGUCUUCAGAUGCGCUGUUAUAAUGUUCCAGAGAGAAUUUGCAAUGAGACUGGUUGCUCAACCUGGUGACAAUCUCUACUGCCGUCUUUCUGUGAACACCCAGCUUCUAGCACGGGUAUCCCAUCUUCUCAAAGUGGGGAAGAAUAAUUUCAGGCCUCCACCCAAGGUGGAUUCCUCUGUAGUUCGGAUAGAGCCAAGAAAACCUCUUCCUCCUGUCAAUUUCAAGGAGUGGGAUGGAUUAGUCCGACUUUGUUUCAAUAGGAAGAACAAAACCCUUGGCUCUAUCUUCAGGCAGAAAAGUGUGCUCUCCUUGUUGGAGAAGAACUACAAGACCGUGCAGGCACUACAACUAUCAGGUUCUUCUGGGGAUGCUGAGACAGAAAUGGAUUUAACGGGAUUUGGGGAUGCUAAUGAGGAUCAAAGCAUGGAGUUGGAUGAUGGAAGAGAUGAUGAAAUGGAGGUAGUGGAUGGUAACGCAGGAGGGGAGGCUUCUGAUUUCAAAGAAAAGGUUUUGAACAUCUUGAAGCAGGGAAAUUUUGAAGAUAAGAGAUCAUCCAAGCUUACACAAGUAGAUUUCUUAUACUUGCUCUCUUUGUUCAACAAGGAUGGCAUACACUUCUCUUGAUCUCCACCAUGAUAACUUACUUUGAGUAAUAUCCAAUUUUGUCUUUGCUAGCUUUGCUGAAACUGAAUAUUUUUGGGGGAUUUUUUGUGGGUUCUAUAAAAUAUAGCUUGUAUUAUGUUUAAAUGUUAAAGAUUUCUUCAAGAAAAUUUUGAGAUAAAAGUAAGUUGCCAUUUGAGAUGACUGCCUUUUAGUUAAAA